AUGUCCAAGAUUUCUACCACCCAAGUCCGUGAGCAUGUCAAGGAGCUUUUGACCUUCUCCAACGAGACCAAGAAGAGAAACUUCUUGGAGACCGUCGAGCUGCAAGUUGGUCUUAAGAACUACGACCCACAGAGAGACAAGCGUUUCUCUGGUUCUUUGAGAUUGCCUCAAGUCCCAAGACCAAACAUGAACCUUUGUAUUUUCGGUGACGCUUUUGACGUCGACAGAGCCAAGUCUUUGGGAAUUGACGCCAUGUCCGUUGACGACUUGAAGAAAUUGAACAAGAACAAGAAGUUGAUCAAGAAGUUGGCUAAGAAGUACAACUCUUUCAUUGCUUCUGACGUCUUGAUCAAGCAAGUCCCAAGACUUUUGGGUCCACAAUUGUCGAAGGCUGGUAAGUUCCCAACUCCAGUCUCCCACAACGACGACUUGUACUCUAAGGUAACCGAUGUCAAGUCCACCAUCAAGUUCCAAUUGAAGAAGGUUCUGUGUUUGGCUGUUGCCGUUGGUAACGUCGAGAUGGAGGAGGACGUUUUGGUCAACCAGAUCAUGAUGGCCGUCAACUUCUUGGUUUCUUUGUUGAAGAAGAACUGGCAAAACGUUGGAUCUCUGGUCAUCAAGUCCAGUAUGGGUCCAUCUUACAGAUUGUACUAG